AUGUUGAAGAGCAAAAUUCCUCCUAAGUUGAAAGAUCUCCGAAGUUUUACAAUCCCAUGUAUCAUUGGCGGAAGAGAUGUGGGUGGAGCCUUAUGUGACUUGGGAGCUAGUAUUAAUUUAAUGCCCAUGUCUAUUUUCAAGAAGUUGGGAAUUGGAGAAGCAAGGCCAACCACCGUCACUUUGCAAUUAGCCGAUCGUUCCAUGGCCCAUCCAGAAGGAAAAAUUAAAGAUGUCUUGGUGCAAGUUGAAAAGUUUAUUUUUCCAGCCGAUUUCAUUAUUCUUGAUUAUGAGGCGGAUAGAGAAGUUCCUAUGAUUUUGGGAAGGCCAUUCCUUGCUACCGGGAGGACCUUGAUUGAUGUGCAGAAGGGGACCUUACUAUGCGGGUGA